CACAUCUCUCUCUCUCCCUCGCCCUCCCGUGCCCCGUGAAAAUGUUGGUGCUUCUGGCUUUCAUCAUCAUCUUCCACAUCACCUCCGCGGCCUUGCUUUUCAUCGCCACCAUCGACAAUGCCUGGUGGGUAGGAGAAGGAUUUUUUGCAGAUGUCUGGAAAGUCUGCGUCAACAACUCAAAUUGUACAGAAAUCGGUGACGACUAUUCGUAUUACUCCACGAUGCAGGCGGUCCAGGCCACCAUGAUCCUGUCCACCAUUCUCUGCUGCAUCGCCUUUCUGAUCUUCUUGCUCCAGCUCUUCCGCCUCAAGCAGGGAGAGAGGUUUGUUCUAACCUCCAUCAUCCAGCUCAUGUCAUGCCUGUGCGUCAUGAUUGCAGCUUCCAUCUACACAGACCGACGCGAAGAGCUUCACAAGGGAAACUACCAUCUCUAUAGCCAAACCUCGGAUGGCAGUUACGGCUACUCCUUUAUCCUGGCAUGGGUGGCGUUCGCAUUCACCUUUAUCAGCGGCCUCAUGUACCUGAUACUGAGGAAGCGCAAAUAGACACCAGGAGCUCGGUUGAUUUCACCGCAGUACAAAAGCCACAUUCAGAUAACCAUUUUGUAUAUAAUCAUUUUUUGUGGUUUUUCUAGCAAACAUAUUGUUUCCUUUAAAAGCCAAAAAAAGAGAAGAGUUUUUGCAUUCUUGAGAUCAGAGGAUAGACUAUGAAGGCUGGAAUUCAGAACUCCUGCCCAUCCUAAGGUCUCAACAACACAAAGCCAAAAAUCCAGCAGUGCUCAAAUCCAAAAAUGUUCAGCAGGAUGUUUCUUGACCACAAAGAUGUGAUGGGGUAACAAGAGACCAAGAAAGCCAGGUCUGGGGCAUGUCUUCCCCUAGGUUUGGGCUGCACCAAGCUCCCCUCACCUCAGCUUCCUUUCCCAAAUCUCUCGGUGUUAGUGGUGGAAGGUGGGCCGUGGUAAGGGGUGCAGAUGAGGGAUAAAACCUCAGGUAUUUAGCAAAGUUCCAUGUGAAUAACAGGUAUGGACCCUGCUGUUCUGUCUAUAUCCAGACCCUAGCCCCUAAUUGCCUAGAGUGGGCCGGGUCCAGAAAAUUCCACCCAAAUUUGCAGACAACAUCACCUGCUUGCCUUAGGGAAGUGUGUGGGGGGCGGGGGGUCAGAUGUGGGCUCACCCUGAGGCAAAGACUUUCAACGUGAGAUCACUAGCACAUCUUGUAAAAUGCAGACUAUCAGGUCCCCUCUCCACCCCCACCCCAGACCUACGAAAUCACAGUCUUCAGGGAUGGAGCCUGGGAGCCUGCAUUUCUAAUACGCUCCUCUGUGAUGCUUACAUGCCUUAAAGUCGAGGACCACAGCCCCUGGGCCAAGGGAGCAGAGCUGCCUCACAAAUGUUAAGGAUCUCGUCAUAUCAAGCUGGGGAGAUGGGUCUAGACCCCACUGCAGACCAAAGCUCUGGUCUCCAUCAGCUCUCGAUCCUUCACUGUCUCUUCCACAGCUGCUCUCAUCUGGAUCACCAGAACUCCAGUCCCAGGCCACACAUCCCAACAGCCAGCCACCCUGGCGGGCACCGCCUUCUUAGAACCCUAAGUCAGAAGACCUCUUCCUUCUCUUCCUGCCCUGCCUAUUAAUUUGGCUGGACUUUACUAAUGCCCCUUCUAGAGCCUCAGAGGACCCAUCUGCUAUUCAUUCAUUCAUUCAUUCAUUCAUUCAUCAGCAUAAGUUAUGGAAUGCUUGCAUGUGCCAGGCAUGGAGACACCAUGGCGAGAUAAUCUCUUUAUUGGUCUCAUUGUUUAAUGGAGGAGAGAUUAAAAACCAAUUAGGAAAACUAAUUAAAAACUGAUGAAGGCUGCGAAGAACACAACCAAGGGUUGAAAAGCAAAGCUGGUGGAGUAGGAGGGAAACUGCUGCAUGCCUAUGUAUCUUUAAAUUCUGCAGGAGGCAUGGAGGUCAGCCUAAAUAGCACUCACUCAGCCCAUGCAGAUGGCAUUUGGCUGGGCAGCAUCAUCUAUUCUGCCAAGAGAACAUUUACUUUCGUGGAGCAUCCCAGGGUCCCAAUAGCCAUUGAAGCAGAGGAACCCAGAUUGCCACAGUUCUCACUUUGAUGGGCACCAGCCUUGCCAGGGUCUGGGUGAGCGAACACUCCAGACAAUUGAGACCAUACUGAGAAAGACAGCUUUGGGGAGUUUGUAAGAGCACCAUGAGAUACGGGCUUUGUAGGUGACCCUGGGAAGUACCCCAUUGAAGAAGCUUUUUGCACCUCACUGCCUUUUCCCUCUGGUGUUUUGAGCAUGCUGCUGGAGAGGCAUGCCUGGGCUGGUGUGCGACCUCUCUGCCGUGUCUCAGAGCACUGGUGCUAUUUAAAUGCUUCUGCACUUGACCUGCUGAGUGACACGGUGUCAGCCCAGUUCCAGUGGAGCUGGGGAGGUGUCUGUUUUGAAUAGCGUUAGGGCCACCAUGGACUCCUCUUCAGAGCAGGAUUUGAUCUUUCUGUCCAUCUACACAUUCAUUCAUUCAUUUGUUCAUUUGCAACAAAGGAUUCCAUGCCUACUAUGCUCUAGGCACUGUGUGAGGCUCUGAAAACACAGGUGUGAGCAAACCCAGACAUCCUCCUUGAGACAGGACACCCUCUCCACAGAGAGGCCACCUGCACAGUGCAGGGUGACAUCAGGCCAAUGACAGGACUGAUCGCCACCUCCAGGAAGGCUCAUUAGGCACAUGGGGGUUAGGAGCAUGUCACACCCUUGGGGUUUGCAGGAUGUUCCAUGAGCCUCUGGAGAAAGGUGGGUCUAUAGUGCCCCAUGCUUUCUACCCAGCUGGCUUUUCUAUAGUUUCCUGGUGGCCACAGUGCAAAACAAACAACCCUUAGAACCAGAUAUCUGGAAAGACUAAUCCCUAAUCAGUUCAUGAAUUUCCUUCUCCAAAGCUUCAGGGGUGCUUGAGAAUCUGAAAUGACCCCAUGGAUUUUCCUGGCUGGUUGCCACUACUGUGUAGCAUUCAGCUUCCACAGUCAUCGUGAUGCCGAGGUUUUGUGAAACGUGAGAGCUGCCUCCCCGCAUUGGGGAGGUGGGAAAGGUGAGGCUGUGAGGAAGAAAACACCCAAAUUUCUUACCUGUAGGCAGAAUCAGCCCUCACUUGGUGCUUACUAUCAGUUAUUCAAGAACAAUAACAAAUAAAAUUAGCUGAGACAUCCAAGAAGCAAACAUUAGGGCCAAAUAUAUUACUGGUAACAACUGUAUUUGAAGGAGCUAUCGUUUGCGCAUGUUAGGACAUUUUUAUACAGUACUGUAAUUCUUUCAUCAAGGGGUUAUGGAUGGAGACAGACUAACUCGUUUUGUUAUUUGCAUUAAAAUUACUUUGGGUCUCUGUUGAAAUGAGUUUGGAAAAUUGAUUUGUUGCUCUGAGUGAAUGUAGAUAUUUAUACCUGAAUACAGGAAAAUUGGAGACUUCCCCCACUCCUCCUUCUCUGCUACAGGUUAUUUGCCUGUAUGCAUCCCUCAUCAACAGGCUGGGGUCCUGGGAUGCUCUGUUUAACUAAUGAUGAGGACACUUGGACCCCCACGCCUGUAUGUAAACACACUAAACACAGUAGGUUAGAUAGGAGCUGUAGCAUCAUUUAAAACCUGCCCGGGUGGGGAAUUACUAAAUUUGCUAAUAAUUGAAAGGCUACUUACAAUACAGUGCAAUGGACAGUUUUGUAUAUUGGGGGAGCGGUGGGGAUAGGGCAAUGCAGGGGAAGGCCUAGAGGUUACGUUUGGAUCUUGGUUUGUGGACAAAUGUGAUUUUUAGGGUAGUUAGAUACUUUCUACUUAAUGUACCUUUAAAAAUAGUACAUUUUCUAUGUUUUGUAUAAUCUGAAACUGUACAUGAAAAAUAAAGUUUAAGAUCAAAGAA